UGGGAGGCCCCGCCCCCGCUGCCGAGCGUUAGCGCCGCUCGCGCCCCCGCCCUCGCUCGCUGCGCGCCGUUGCGGGUCAGCGCCAGCAGCCACUGCCGCAGUGAGGGAGCGGAGCGGGCAGCGGGCCCGGCGGCGGCGCCCAACGUACGCGCGCAACAGCCAGAGCGGGGCUCGGCGGAUCCAGCUGCAGGGGACGACGCCUGACGCCCACCCGCCACCAUGCUUGCUAAUCUGCCUGUUAAUGAAGAAUACAGCACAAACCUGUGUGACAGCCAGAACUCUUAAUAACUCAUUCAUGGUCGCUUACCGAAGCAAACAAACAAAACCCAACACCAAAACUCUUCACCAAGCUGACAGUUCUUCGUUGUUAAACCUUUGGAAACAGCAAUACAUGGAAAACAAAAUCUAAGGAGGAGGAGGAAGAAUUCUCUGCAACAGAGCUCUCUCAGUAAAAGGACACUUGUCAAGACAGUUGCCCUUAACCAGCCUGCCUUGGAGGAGCAUGUUCAACACUGAUCUCAAGCAGAGACAGUGAACAGUAUUUGAAGCAACUGCUGAUGAAGGAAACCAAAACACACUUUUUUUAUGGGUAACCUACAGAAGAAAGCAAUACUGAAGGCCAUUAAUAGGUUAUCCUUAAAAGGCACAGCUGCUGAAAGGAGGAGGAUCAUUGGAGAAUAUAAUUGCAAAUGACACUUCGUUAAAGGAGCAAGCUACUUGUCAUACAAACUUCUGAAGUUACUUUUGUGGCAUGUUUUGAUUUAUCUGGAGUGAACUGAUAUUCCUUCAGCAUUCAGAAUUGGGUUAGCCUUCUGUUACUAGACUUUGGACUGUUCCUUGAUCGGUGACUAUUUUGGUCUGCAAGUCGUGAUUUUAGUGCUGAUUAACCAGGAAGUAACUUAUAGGGAUCUUAGAGCAUUGAAGAACAUCUCAGGAGCAUUGAAGAAGGAUCAGGCUAUUCAGAAUACCGCUCAUGUUCCAGCUGCUUGUUUUGAAUCACGUAACUCAAGAGAAUAGAGUUGAACUCCAGCAGUAUGGCAGUAAUACCCAGAGGCAGCUGAGGAAAGCAAGUUUUCUACUAGGUGGAAAUGAGGCAAGCUACCCUUUGGAAAUGUGCUCGCACUUUGAUGCUGAUGAGAUUAAACGGCUAGGAAAGAGAUUUAAGAAGCUCGAUUUGGACAACUCUGGUUCUUUGAGUGUGGAGGAGUUCAUGUCGUUACCUGAAUUGCAACAGAACCCGUUAGUACAGCGAGUAAUAGAUAUAUUUGACACGGAUGGCAACGGAGAAGUGGACUUCAAAGAAUUUAUAGAAGGAGUCUCCCAGUUCAGUGUCAAAGGAGAUAAGGAACAGAAGUUGAGGUUUGCUUUUCGCAUUUACGAUAUGGACAAAGAUGGCUACAUCUCGAAUGGGGAGCUCUUCCAGGUGCUGAAGAUGAUGGUGGGGAACAAUCUCAAAGACACUCAGUUACAGCAAAUUGUAGAUAAAACCAUAAUUAAUGCAGAUAAGGAUGGUGAUGGAAGAAUAUCCUUUGAAGAAUUCUGUGCUGUUGUAGGAGGCCUAGAUAUCCACAAAAAGAUGGUGGUAGAUGUGUGACUCUGUAGGGCACCACCCAACACUUUUGCUUUCUUCUCCAUCUCUGAAGAUCUGCUCAAGACGUCCAGCAAUGCUCUCUGUGUAUUUAAAUGGAAGUAUUUUUCUCUGUGAAGCCACAUUUUCCAACAUGAGCCUCAUGAAGCCAACUAAGUGUUAUUGAACUUUGAUUCUCUCAAUAACUCAGUGUAGCACUUUAAAGUCUGAAGGACAGCAAAGAUGGAAAGAGCAUAUCAGUGUGGUGGAGAAAGGGAAGGGGUUGGCUUUUUAAUUUAUUUUUCUUCAUCUUUUAUAACAAGGAAAUAUCUAUCUAUAUAUAUGUGUGUGUGUAUUUAUAUAUAGAUAUAUAUGUAGCUUUCUAUAUGUAGUAGCUAGGUGGGCUUUAAUUUAAUAUACUUGAUUCAGAAACGAAACUAGAGUACAAAGUGCCAAGCAGAAUAUUAACAGUUCAAUAUAUGGAUAUACAUCCUUACUUUUAUUUCACACAGUUUUAUAUAUAUAGUAGAAGAAUGUAAAAUUUUAACUGGGUGUUAGGUCAGCUCUUCUCCUUUUCCUGCGACUGUUCAGAUGUUUCUAUAUAUUGACUGGCUGACAAAGCAUUGCUUCUUAUUAAUUUACCUUAAUGACAUGUUUUGUAACACAGGAGACGAAGUUUAUUUAUACCUGUUAAUAUAUUACCAGGGACUGUGUCUCUUUGCUAAAUAACUUAGUACAGUUCUACUUAAUAUGAGAAUAUAGUUUAAUGCUACUGCCAAGAACUAGCCCUCGUGUGCAUACAGUAACUGCAGAACGCUUGGAUGGCCACAAGAUUUUGUCACCUAGCGACUGGGAGUGGGUACAGCUGUCCCAGGGUUAGUGCUCCUCUGCUGUUUGGGAUUCAUUUUAGAUUCGGCUGCUCGAGGUGUUAGAUACAUUCACCACUUUCUCUUGUGCUUACCUUAAUGAAAUUAGGAUCCACGUAACGGCGGGAUCCCCGUCUACUUCUUUUAUACAGUGCUUAGAUUACAAAGCGUUCCUGCCAUUUAAAUUCUGUUACUUCAACUGUGAUAGUUUCCCCUCUGCAUUUAAAGAAUAUUACAGGUAGCAUAAAUAACUGGUAAUAUUUUAUAUAUAUAUAUAUAUGUAUGUAUAUAGGAUUCAUACAGGGGGAAAAUCUUGUUAACCUAUGCCACAGAGGAGGAAAACUUCACACGAUCUAAAUUGAUACCUCUUGCUGUUCUCCAGUCCUUUGCCUGGAGUUUUUUCUUUUCUAGAUUUGUCCAUAUCAUGAUUUGUAACGGAUGGUAACUUGAUACGUUUGUGUGAUAUAAAAGUAGCGAGCCAUGUUUUACAACUUUAUAUCAUCCCUUCCCUUUUCUGCAAUGGUACUAUUGGCUGGAAGAGAAACAUUUGCUAGAUUUUUUAGGACAGUACAUCUUUCCUGUAUAGUAGUUUUUCUAUUAAAAAAAAAAAAAAUCGUUUUAUAAUCAGCAGUGGGAAGUGCAGGUUGUGUGAAUCUACUUCUAUCGAGCACCUGUCUGCCAUAGCUGUUCCUUCAACUGAGUGCUGCACGUCAAUGGGCUCUGUCUGUGAGAGAAAUCCAGGUGCUUGGUGUCCUUGCAUGACAUGAAGUUUUGCAUGUAGAUCGAUUUGAAAUGUUCCUCUUGUUUACAUAAUUUGCAUAAUUUAAAAGAUAAUGUUGCCAAACUUUGGUAAAUGUUAAGGUUCAAAACAAAAAUCUCCACUACAUGUAACUUUCUUCCUCUGGAUCAGUACGUGGCUUAUAAUCCCAGCCAGUGGUUGUAUCUGUUCCAGUGUCAACUGCCAUGUGCUCUGCUUCAAGGGGGAACUAGUCUUUUGUGAAUUUUUUGUACAUAAGUAUUUGUUACAAACAUUUUAGCAAAUGCUUUUGAUUUCUCUUACUUGCUUGUGCAUAUCUUGGCUGUUGUUAUAGAAAUUAGUGCUGCCGUUACUUCCUUCGGGGGAUUGGAAGGGGAGGGAUGAGGUGGUUUUUUUUGUUUUUUUUUUUUUAGUUUGUGUGGGGAAAAAUGAUUUAUGUUGAAUGUUUAGUUUUUCCUCUGCAUGCUACAUCAUACGUUGUGGGAACUAUAAGAACCUUCAUACUAUACGAAUACAAAAUAAAAUAUUUGAACCUUG